AUGGACGGCUUUACGAGGAAGAUGGCUGCAAGGCUUUUGGGAAAGCUUGGCCUAGGCGACCUCGUGACGCCAUGGGGGAAAUCAGGUGGUGCCACAGAUAGGGCAUAUAUGGGUGACACCAAUUCAGGCAAGGGCCUCGCUGAGCAGGGCGUCGAUGCAAGGGGCGCCGCCCAUGGUGCAGACAAUGCCAUAAGAGGCGAAAGUAGGGGCACCCAUGGAGUUGGAGGCGACGCCACAAGGGGUGAAGUGAGAGAUAUUGCUGGCAAUGCCAUAGGAGAUCAGGACAACGCCUUUGGUGUGGGAAUCAGAGUGGAUGGAGGCGCUGGCUCCAUUGGCAAUGGCACCAAGGGCUCAUACAACAAUGCUUCGGGAGGCUUAGGUGGCGCCUUGGAUUGUGGGGCUAACGUCGUUGUAGAGAGAAGAAAGGAUCAUGCCAUGCUAGGCAACGCCAACGCACAAGACGUCGCCUACAUUGCACCGAAUUCACUGGGUGAUGCCAAAGGUGCACCGGGUGUAGACUUGCGUGCAAUAGGCGACACCAAUGGAGGCUUAGAUGAGGAAUUCUACCACAACUUCUCAAUACAUUGGGCAUCACUUGCUCAUGUCCCAUCUUGA